GGUCUGUUGCGGGUGCUACUAAGCAAGGAAAUCAGAAUCGGGUGAAUGGACCCUCCACAAGAGACCGUAAGACGCCCGCACUGAGAACCUCUGCCACAGCUGGAAAAAAAACAGUGGAACUACACACCACCCCACCUCUCCCAUAACCCCUUCCCUCAUCCGGGAGGUGCUGUGGAAGACAGGCGCAGGAAGGGGCGGGGCCGUGAGUACCCAAUCCUUGCGCGAUCUCGCGAGAGCAAGCAGAGCAGGGAAGCGCAGGCUGCAGGAUGCGGUUCCUGGUUGUGUUGGUCGUACUGAGCGUCACAGCGGCGGGAGCCGCGCUGCCCAUUUCUCGUCCAUCAACCGAUGAAAAACUGCUUCUCAAUCGGGAGAAGGGAAAGACUGCAGAAAGUGUCCCCAGCCAGCCCUACCCGAGUUAUCAGUCUAAGAAGGAGAAACCCGCUCCCUCUCCCUCUCCCUCUCCCGCAGAGCUGCCUAAGGAAAACGACAAUGUUGAGAUGACCACACCACACCUGUCCACCAGGGACAGUUCUGACAAGUCAGAGAAAGAGCCCCAGCCCAAGAAAAAUACUUCUGACAAGUCUGAUCAGGAGCACAAGCCCACGAAGGACCCUUCUGACAAGUCGGAUCAGGAGCACAAGCCCACGAAGGACCCUUCUGACAAGUCGGAUCAGGAGCACCACCAGCCCCGGGAAGACACUUCUGACAAGUCAGAGACAGAGCACAAGCCCACGAAGGACCCUUCUGACAAGUCGGAUCAGGAGCACAAGCCCACGAAGGACCCUUCUGACAAAUCGGAUCAGGAGCAGCAGGACACGAAAGACACUUCUGACAAGUCAGAGAAAGAGCACCAUCCCCCAAAAAAUACUUCUGACAAGUCUAAUCAGGAGCACAAGCCCACGAAAGACACUUCUGACAAGUCGGAGAAAGAGCACCAGCCCACAAAAGACGCUUCUGACAAGUCGGAUCAGGAGCACCAGCCCACAAAAGAUAGUUCUGAGCCUGGAGGGGGUUCUCCACCCAAAGGAGAGAAAGAAAUUGGCCCUGCCUCUGGAGAGAACCAUGAAGGGACACUUUUGGAUUCCACAAAUAGGAAGAAGGAUGACCUUUAUAAGGACAAUCUUGGAAGUGCCAGUGCAGAGAGCAGCCACUUCUUUGCUUAUUUGGUGACAGCAGCCAUUCUUGUCGCUGUCCUCUAUAUUGCCUAUCACAACAAGCGGAAGAUUAUUGCUUUUGUCCUGGAAGGAAAAAAAUCCAAACUUACUCGGCGGCCAAAGGCCAGUGACUAUCAGCGUUUGGAUCAGAAGAUGUGAUUUUUCUGUUUUCGAGAACCUCGUCCUCCCUGCUGAUUUGUUUCUAAAUCAAGAGAAAUGAAGAGCAAAGUACUGUGAACUAAGGGACACCCCCGAGAGUUUGGUGGCAAUCCAGGCUGGCAGAGGCGGGGGUUUGGGUUGGGGCAUUGCUUUGGGUUUUGCACCUGCACUUUGGUGACCUUGUCCUCCCGUGCUCCCAUUAUCUGCGCUGGCGCCUUCCACCUUUGCCCCCCUGAGUGGGAGUGGGAGUGAGCGUGUGGGAACCCAGCUUUGACCAAAGGGAGAUCCCAGCCCCAGGCAGGCUAAUACUGCCGACUGUCCUCCCUGGGGCCUUGGCUCUGCAGUAAAGUUAUCCCUUGAAAAUAGCAUUGCACUGGCCACUAUUUAUGUUUGCAGGCCUAGGAGAAAACUCAGGAGGCUGAGGUACUUUUCUACCUGGGCCUCUUAUUUUGAGGGGGGAUGUGCCCUGAAAGAUAAAUAAUGUGAAUGUUGCCGGGCAAAGGGCUACAUUGAACACAAUUUUUUUCAAAGGCUUCAGCAGCAAACCAAAACAGCUUUAAAAAAGCGUUUUACUGCCUGCUACCCGCAAGUUCAACCUGUCUAGUUUAAGUUCUUCACAUGUUUAUGAUAUUGUCAUAUGACUUAGGACAAAGUGAAUCAGCUUCCAUUUGGUUGUACUGAACAUAAAACUGAACUUCCCCAAGUUCUGGGAGUAAAGCUAAAGCUGUACAGCCACUGUUCUCGUCGCAGAUUUUUAAAAUAUACUUACGAUUAUUGAAACACCCUUCUUUCUUACAAUCAUAGCAGGAAACUUUUAGAAUAGGGUAAGUUCAUGCUUUGUACAAGAGCACAUGCAGAAGGGUUUUGGUUUGGGUUUUGGUCUGCAUUGUUUUCAGAGGUCUUUUAUGAAAUAGGUUCCCCACAAACACUAUUUUGCCUGUCUUGCCUAAAAGAAAAUAGACAUAUUUAGGAACUAACUGUACUCUUUCUUUUACCUUAAUCUAAUUAAUGGUCUUCCCAACUGAUACAGAAUGCUAAGGGUAGUUAAAAUUCUGUCCCAUGGGGGGAGUUAUGAAAAUUUAAGAAAUUUAGAGUUCCCCCAGGAUCACUGAGGGUAGUGUCUUGGAUCAAGCUGUUCAGAGUCUUAUGUAAAUCUCCUCUAGCUGUGCUACCCUAUUACAGAGAGCUGGGAAAAAAGUUGUUACUGCAGAGGAAAAACCGAAAACAACCUCAGGAAACAGAAUGUGGGAAGUGAGGGGAAUUCUGUGCUGCCGAAGACAGUCUACGGAAGGGACCAUCGUGUUUGUCACGUUAGCUUCCACCUCGCUUAAAACAGUUCCUGGCUGUGAGUUGAGCUUUUCACCCAGUGCAGGUGGAGAUCGAGGAUGAGUGAGUGCUCUACUUAUGCCCCAGUCUUAUGUUGGAAACCUUUCUUGCAGUCAGAGGAAUCUUCUAGCAGGCUCCCCUAGCACUCCUUAAGACCAUGGUUAUUUUAUUCCCUGUUCUGUCCGUCCCUGCCUUUCCUCCUCCUCGCCAAUGUUUUCUAUUCCUCCCUCUCUAGCACUUUUCCUCCGACCUUCAUGCACGCACAGACACCCUCUGCCCCACCCCCUGCAACCAUCCAUCUUAUUCAGUCUGCUGUUCGACUUCUCUAGGAAGUAGUGCUUCCCUUACUUUGCCAUUUAUUCUCUUCAUAAUUUUUACAAACUCACUUUGGUCCCUGCCUUUCUACUGUUUUUCUCUAGGUUCAGAUCCAGACAUAUUGUCAAAACUUAGUCUUGACCUUGACAGAAUUGGACACUAUUGACCAUCCAAACAAAUUACCCUCUUGUGGUUGCUCUGACAUACUGCCCUUAUGUCAUGAGCUCCUUGGCCUCACCCUGUGCUGAUGGGAGAAAGCCCCUCAAAGGCAGUUCUCUGUAUUCCUUUGUCUUCUCAGAAAUUCAUUCAUUCUCCAUCCUCUGAGUGGCUACAGAAUCUUUGUCCUUGCCUAGUUCCCAGAGGAACCAGUCCUGUCAUGUGCUGGAUAUUCCAGCAUGGUUGUCCUGUCGUCACUGAAACGGAAUUCCCUUCUACCCAUUCAACUGCCUCCCUCAACUGCCCGAUUCUUUUAUCCUCUCAACUCCAAACUACAGACUAUUACCAUUUUUAUCACUUCACAAAAAUCUUAUCCAUUUAAAAAAAAAUUCUAGCUACAAUCUUUCCAUUUUCCCUGCUUCCUUGUCCCAUACCCAUUUCACCUCUUUCCUGGAUUUUUUUUUUUUCAGGAGCUACCUUAAUUGGUUCUCCUGUCCAUCUUUUCUUACGAACAUAAAGAGGCCAGGUUGAUCUUUCUGAAAUACUUGCCUGGAUCUGAAGCUUCUGUUUGUGUCCCUCAUGGCUUAGAGACCCGAGGUUAUAGGCUCUGCAGGAUUCAGGACUCUGCACACGGGCACUCGUUUGCCCGUCUUUCUCUGCAUUCUGGCCAGGCCAAAGGCCCCUUGUGUUGGGUGUCUGUCCAGGCCUGCAUGCUUUUUGUUCUUGCAUUCCCUGGUUUCCCACAGUUAUUCUGUGGUUAGGUUGCCCUCCCUUCUCUUUUUUUCCUCUUACCUCCCCAGACUUUGUUUUCCUUGGGGCCCAGCUCAGCUUUUCCCAUGCACCUCCCUAACUUCCCCAACCUUGGGAUUGGCUCUUCUUAUUCUCCUGUAACAGCUCUUAAUAUUAUGUCAGUCACAAAUUUUGAAACUUCAGCAAAACAGGGCAGUCAGUAUUUGAUGUCUCCAGUCUCCCCAAGAAAACCAAGCUACCUGAGUGUCCUGGGCACCGUCUGCACUUUGGCCUAGCAUGGUGACGUCUCUCAGGUACUUCAGUUCAGUUUCUUCUCCUCCCAAAGGAAAUGUUUUCUCUGCUCGGGACCUCUGGAUGUGACUUAACUGAGGUCUCACCCGGCUCUUUCUGGUUAUUGGUUGCUGUCCUUGACUGAUGGACUUUGCUCAGUGAGGAGCAGAAAGGAAGGUUGUUUCAGGAACCGAGGGUUGGUUUUGCUGUGGAAUCUGCACACUCCACUUUUUGAGCCUCUGAGAAGUAUUUCUUAUGGUGAAAGAGUACAAUAGAAUUUAAGUUUCAUUUAGAAAUUGCACUGAAGUAAAUCUCUCACACCAAAGGAAAACUUGUUUUCUGGGUAGUUUUUGUUUUUUGAAGCAUGUUUUUCUAGAGAUUGUGUGUGGAUGAGGGUGAGCUGGCUGAGGUAUCUCUUUAAGCCCGCGGAGUGGGGGGUGCGUACGGGAGUCCAAGAGAGGGACCCCUCUCUAGACAGUUUUAGGCUUCCCUUCCUGCCCCCAGCUUUUGGUUGAAGGGUGGUUUCUGUCAGGAGGAAUCUAAUCUAAGCUCCAGUCAUGGAUGGGACUGGAGGAACUUGUUCCUCUGCAGGAUUACUGAGUAGAAUUGUGCAGACUCCAUUCCUGGACUCUCCAGGAGCAGAAUACCUGUCACAUCAGAAGGCUAAGACAAGUUGGAAAGACCAAUUAGUUUUUUUAUACACUUUCACAUUUCUUUUCCCAUCAUGGCUUGCAAUGAAAUAUUUGGUAGUAGAAUUAUAAACCUCUAAAAUUACCCUGAUGGUGAUUCUCAUUUUGUUCUCCAAUUCAUGUUGAUUAAAUCAGAGAAAACAUAAAAGGAAGCCUGCCUCUUGUUUGUACAGGGUGAGUUGGUACACAAUGCCGCAUGUGUGUGGAAGGACGCGCGCUUUGCACAUGCUGAGUCUUUGCACAUGCUGAACCGUUUGGACAGGGAGGAGUGUUAUAUACCAGACCUGGUAGCUCUGCUAGCUGUUUUCUGAAAACUCUUGCUAGGGAAUUGUUUAGUAUGACCUUGCUUAAGGAUCCUGGGAAGAGAUUUUCAGGUUUAAUUGAACUGUAUAUCCAGAGCAAAGACUGAUUCUUAAGUUAGAAACUCCUCUGUGAAAGGGUUGACUCUGAGCUGUAUAGUUUCAAGCUGCCAACAAAGCCAGCCUCUCCGCACUGAUAUAUAUAUAUAUAUAAGAUAUGAUAGAUAUUCCUUUAAUUCAGAAAGCUACCAUGUUAAAUGAUUGUUGACAUUGUUUCCCUGCUUUUUUGUUUACCUAAUUAGUAGAUUGCCACUGUUUUGCAGUGUUUUAUAUUUUCAGCUUUUGUAAUUUAACUGUAAUUUUUUAAAGCUUGUUUGGUCUAAUGAGUAUUUUUCAGUACCUAAUGUUUUACUGAGCUUCUAUGAAUGCUACUUGAUGUAAUUUUGUAUUAUUGCACAGAAACUGAAAUAAACUUCAGAUACUAAA